UGAUCGAAGUAGUCGCGUCUCGGACCCCAAGGUCGGCGUGCGCUCCGUUUUCGCGUCGCCCCCGCCGAGAUCGCUCCGUUCAGAUCCACAACCCUAAGUUGAUCCGAUGUCGGGCAUAGGCACAGGCUACGACCUGUCCACCACCACCUACUCCCCCGACGGGAAGGUGUUCCAGGUGGACUACGCUUGUAAGGCCGUGGAUAACGGCGGCUUGGCGCUGGGCAUCAAGUGCAGCGACGGCGUCGUGCUCGGCGUGGAGAAGCUCCUCCCCUUCAAGAUGCUGGUGCCGGGCUCCAACCGCAGGAUCGCGCCCGUCGAUCGCCACGCGGGCAUGGCGGGCGCCGGUCUCGCCCCGGACGCGCGACAGAUCAUGUCCCGCGCCAGGUCCGAGUGCGCCAACUACAAGUCCUUCUACGGCGAUAAGAUCCCCUCCAAGAUCCUCGCCGACAGGAUGGCCAACUACCUGCACAUGUUCACCCUCUACUGGUCCGUGCGCCCCUUUGGCGCCGCCGUGCUCCUCGCGGUUCGGGACCCGGCGACGGGCAAGUACGAGCUGUACCUCCUGGAGCCCAGCGGCGAGUGCCAGAGGUACCACGGGAUGGCGAUCGGCAAGGGGCGACAGGCGGCGAAGAACGAGGUCGAGAAGCUCAAGCUCGGGGAGAUGUCCUGUUUAGAGGCGGUCAAGGAGGCGGCGAGGAUCAUCGUCACGACGCACGACGAGAAGGACAAGGACUACGAGUGCGAACUGGCGUGGAUCUGCGACGACAGCGGCGGGGAGUUCAAGAAGGUGCCCAAGGACAUCGCCGACGAGGCCAUCGCGGCGGCUAAGCGCGCGCUGGAGGACGACGACGCCAUGGACGCCGACUAGACGUUCGGUUCGGGCACGGUGGGGAUUUUCAUAAUUAGUCGCGGUGAAAUUGGAUUACAAACGUUAAUUCGUCGUC